AUGAGCUCUCUUAUCCCGUGUUUAUCGAUAUCUGUGCUCUCGGAUAGCCUUAUUCAAUAUUCAUCGGGUACAAUUCCAGUUUCCGCCACCGAGCUUAAUUUAAAACAAACUCUACUCGGUGGUCAAUCAUUUCGAUGGUGCGAACAAUCCCCCAAUGAAUUCGUUGGUGUUCUUCAUUCCUACAUUGUUCGUUUACAAUAUGAAAACGAGGAACUGCAUUUCAAAUUCUACGUACAUAAGGACACCAACUCAUUAUUGAAUGAAUGUGACCGUGAAAAAGAAAGUGCAUCAACUUUGCACAAAUACUUUCAGUUAUCAGUCAAACUCGAAGAUCUCUUUGAACAAUGGUGCAAAUCAGAUGAAAGAUUUCGAAAUAAACAAAUACCAACUGGUAUUCGAGUACUGGACCAAGAUCCACUAGAAAAUUUAAUUUGUUUUAUAUGCUCCAGUAACAACAAUGUACAGCGAAUCACAAAGAUGAUUAAAACAUUGUCGGAAAUCUACGGAAAGGAAAUCGGUACGCUGAACGGAACAACUUAUUAUCAAUUUCCAACGAUUGAUGAACUCGAUCAACCUGAGCUCGAAAAAGAUCUACGAAAGCUCAAUUUUGGCUACAGAGCACGGUAUAUUCAUAAGGCAGUGCAGUAUCUUAAACACACAAUCAACGAUCCAUCGUAUUUCAAUCGACUGAAAUCUUCAUCUGUGCAAGAUGCACGCAAUGAGCUAUUAAAAAUUAUGGGCGUUGGUCGAAAAGUGGCAGACUGCGUUCUAUUGAUGUCGUUAGGUAAACAAGAUGUCGUACCAGUUGAUACUCAUAUACAUUCAAUCGCAGUGACAUAUUACGGACAAAGGAAGAAUUCACAAUUAUCUAUGAGUAAUUACAACAACAUUUCCUCAUUUUUCCAACAACUUUGGCAGCCAUAUGCUGGUUGGGCACAAGCGGCGGCUUUUUCUAACGAGCUCCGUUCACCAACAAGCCAAACCACAUCAGUUAAACGUUCCAAAAUGACUAAUCAUUGUAAAUUUAUCAAAUAUGAAACAGAAAUCAAAGAAUCUUGA